UUAACUUGUGCCUAUUUCUUACGCAGCACCAACCAAAGUGUCUGUGUGACAUGAAUUGAAGUCUCAGAAAGACAGAAAGAAAGAAAGAAAGAAAGAAAGAAUGGGGGAAUGUGAAGCAGCAGCAAAAGUGUGUUCAAUCUUGAUAUACCCUCUCAAAUCUUGCCGUGGGAUCUCUGUUCCUGAAGCAGCCCUUACUUCCACUGGGUUCCGGUGGGAUCGCCAAUGGAUGGUUGUGAAUGCAAGAGGAAGAGCAUGUACUCAAAAGGUUGAACCAUCACUCACUUUGGUUGAACCAGAAUUGCCUCAUGAGGCAUUCUCAGAGGGCUGGGAACCCAAAAAGGGCUCGUUUUUAGUGAUUAAGGCCCCGGGGAUGGAUGUGCUGAAGAUCCCAUUGGUUGCACCGUCUGCCAUAAGCAACGGUGUCUCCGUGUGGGAGUGGUCUGGCUCUGCGUUGGACGAGGGAGAUCGAGCAUCAGAGUGGUUCACCAAGUUUCUUGGAAAACCUUGCCGGCUUGUGCGUUUUAAUGAAGCAACAGAGAAUAGGUCCGCGAACCCCAGUUAUGCCUCCGGCUACCAUAUUAAGUUUAAUGAUGCCUUUCCAUAUCUCCUGGCAUCCCAGAAAUCACUGGAUGCAUUAAAUGAGCAGCUUGAGGAGCCUGUAUCAAUUAUGCGCUUCAGAGCCAACAUUAUUGUCGAGGACUGUGAAGCAUACGCUGAAGAUUUGUGGAAGGAGAUGAAGAUAAAUGGAUUAACAUUUCAUAGCUCUCAACUAUGUUACCGCUGUAAGGUAACUAGAGUUCAUCCAGAAACAGCAGCACUAGGCCCAGAGCCACUUGAGACCCUUUCAAAGUUCCGCUCGAACAAAGUCUUGCAUCCAGAAAGGAAGCCGCUUGGAAGGAUAUACUUUGGACAGUAUGUUGUGUGCACAGACUGCAGUGAUGAAGGAAAGAAAAAAAGCAUUAGAGUGGGAGACAGUGUUCAUGUCCUCAAGAUGGUGUCUUCCUAUGCUGAUGUUUCAGUCUGAACUUCAAACUCUUUUAGUUUGAUGAACAACAUUCAUGGAGGAAAUGGGUGUAAUAAUUUUCUUAAUUAUUAUACAUGGAAAUAAUCUUGUAAUUAUCUAUCUUUAUCUUUAUAUAAGUAGUCAUUGCUAGCGAUAUGGGCAACGUCUGUGUUCGCCAUAUCAGGAAGUUAGCAGACCAGGUAGCUCAUGCUUUGCUCAGGGCAACUGGUUCUUCGUCUGUCCUUGUUUCGUUGGUCUCUUCCCCAUCUGCCUAUCUCGGCUUUCUUUCGUCUGUUCUUAGUUCUUAAUGAAGUUGUGUUUAAAAAAAAUAAGUAUGAAAUAUUGUUGUUAAUUGUUAUGCAAUAAGAAUUAGAAGAAAAUGUAUUUGCAUUGUA